AUGCAAAUUUUAACUCUAGUUACUGCUGCAAUUGCUUCUGUAGUGUCCGCAACUCAGGCUGCAGACGAUGGCGCGCAAGCCACCGGUGUUAUAUUCUAUGAGCACACCAACUAUGGUGGAUUAUCUUAUCAAAUUCCUUCUACAAACCGAUGCUGGCCACUUCCACAGCCACUGUUUCAGAAGGCAUCUUCCAUUCAGUUUAUUAGUGAUGGAGUAACUUGUGCUCUUUUCCGCAAUCGUUACUGCUUUCCUCCUGUGCUCUAUGCAGGAUUACAACAGUCUGUACCCGAUCUUCAUGAUCUUGGGAUCGGUGAUGAGGUUGGCAGCGUUCAUUGCACUGAUUUCAAUAACGACAAUCAGUAA